UCUUGUGUGUAGGAAGUUUGAACUUCCUUGACAAAUAUGUAAACAAAAAGAACGAACAACAUGGUAAGAUUUAAACCAUUAAAAAAGGGAAAUGGUCAGGCCAUCCUAACAGAAAAAGAAAUUCAAGAAAUAAGAGAUGAAACACCAUUUACUGAUGCAGAGGUGAAAUCAUUGCUAAACAGAUAUGACGAGGUGGACACCUCAGAAAACAACUCCACAGGACUGAGUUACGAUGAUGUGCUGUAUAUGCCAGAAUUUAUAGGAAGUGUGUUCGCUCCACUUGUUAUAGCAGCUAAUGUGGAUACCAAAACAAAACGUAUUUAUGCCAGACAGUUUAUAAAAAUAUGUUCCAUAUUAAGUACACAGAUCAAGGCUGAGGAGAAAAAGAAAUAUUUGUUUGAGUUAUUGAACAUCUAUGGAACAGGACUGUUGACACAUGAUGAGAUAUAUAGAAUGUAUAAACUGUUAUUUUCUCACACCAUUUCUGAUGAUCAUAUCCUAGCAAUGACAUUUAAAGCUCUCAACCAUACAUCAUUACAAAAGAAGGGACAACUUACUAAGCAAGAAUUUUUCAAGAUGAUUCCCGACCAUGAAAUCAUGAACAGAAUGACAAUUAACUUCAGAUUAUGAGGAUUCACUCUUAAUCACCAUAGAAUGAAUAAAACAUUAAUGAAACGGCACCCCAAGCUGUACAUGUGGAGGGAGUGAUAAACACCCAACAAUCAAUCAGUCCUUUUACCAAAUGAAUUACUAGAAAGAAAUAAUAUUUGAUGAGGUCUUAUACGAACCGUGUCGAAAUUUUAAAUUGUCAUUUAGAAAGAUUUUUAAUAAACAUAAAACUUAUUAUUAUACUUCACAUUAAAAUGCCAUAUUUUGAUUGGCUUAUACGAGGGUGUUAAUUUACUCUAUCACAUGGCUGAGCGGAUGACAAUUUUUUUGAAUGUUACCCUCUCGCCCAGACCAAUCAAAAAUCGAUAAUUUAAAGGACAAUAAAUUGAAUUUACAUCAAGUUAUUAAAGACAAUGCUUAAGUUCUACAUUUUGGCUCAGAUUCUAUUAUUUGAAAUAAAAGAUCUUGCUUCAC